AUGGCGUUCUCCUCGAUCGACUGGAGAAGCGCCAUGGAAACAUUAAAAAAGUUUAGAGAAGACAACGUUCGAGCCAGUGAUGAUGUCGUAGAAUUAGGAGAACACUUAAUUACAAACUAUCGAAGUAAAUUGGGAAAGGAAAUUUGGAACAUUUACGAACAAGUAUUUAUUGCCGCGUUAGACUGUGGGAGAGAAGAUUUAGCUGAGGUAUGUUUAGAAGCUUUGCAACGGCAAUUUCCAAAAAGUACCCGUGUAUAUAAACUUGAAGCCAUGGCACUAGAGGCAACUGGAAAUUUUAAGGAGGCAGAAGAAGUAUACUUGAAAUGUUUAUCCCGUGAUAAAGCAAACGCGCCGGCAAGAAAAAGACUGGUAGCUAUAUACAAAGCCAUUGGAGAUCAAGCCUCCGCUAUUGCACAUCUUAAUUAUUACCUGGAAUCUUUUAUGACUGAUCAAGAAGCUUGGAUGGAGUUGGCUGACUUGUAUAUAAGCCUUAUGGAUUAUUCCAAGGCAGCCUUUUGUAUGGAAGAACUCAUCCUUACGAGUCCUUAUAAUCACUAUUAUUAUCAAAGAUGUGCAGAGAUUUAUUAUACUAUGAAUGGAAUCGAAAACAUAGAAUCGGCAAGGAAGUAUUUCGCUCAGUCGUUGAAAUUGAAUAGUAAAAAUAUGAGAUCUCUGUAUGGAUUUUUCAUGGCUUCGUCUCAAUUACUACAAUCACAGAAAAUUAGCAGUAAAUCCAAAAAAGAUAAUUCUAGAUAUGCUGCAUGGGCAUCUGCGCAAAUCAUGGAAAAAUAUCAGGUAGAAAAAUGGCCUUCAAUUGCCAAUGACAUACCUUCGUUAUGA